AUGAAUACAACAGCAAAUAUCACAGAGUAUUACCCGUCUCCUCCGUUUGACCCUGGACCAACAUGGUCAAUUGUGCUGAAGAGCUUUCUGUUCUUGGUUAUUGUUAUUAUCACGAUCGUCGGCAAUGCUAUCGUCAUCACUAUCGUAUUCAAGAACCGUAGUAUGCGUAACGUUACCAACUACUACAUAGUCAACCUGGCGGCCGCCGAUUUGCUCAUAGCCUCUUUCACUGAGUGGGCUUUCGUAGUGGAUCAUUUCACCCGCAACUAUCCAUUCGGGGGAUUCAUGUGCAAGUUCAGUUUCACUGUUCAAGGGGUUUCAGUAAUAUGUAGCAUUCUGACAUUGACCGUGAUCGCCGGGGAUCGUUACUUUGCAAUCCUCCACCCACUGCGUGCACGAAUCACCGAACGAAAUACCGGCAUCGUGAUCGCAGCGGUCUGGACAAUCUCGAUUCUAAUCAACAUACCGAUAACAAUCCACUUGACUUACGAAGAGCAUACCUGGGACGAUGGCGUGUUCCAGACCUUCUGCUACGAGGAUUGGGAAUUCACGCCAGCGGAGGGAUGGUACACACUCAGCUUGUUUGUUGUAGCGUACCUGGUACCGCUGGGAAUAAUGAUGUUUGCAUAUCUGUCUAUUGGAAGGAGGCUGUGGAUUACAAGAGCUCCCGGAGAACGAAUCGAAUCAACAGUUGCGACCCAAGAUAAAAUGAAACGCAAGGUUAUUCGAAUGUUGAUUGUUGUUGUCGUCACAUUUGCCAUAUGUUGGUUGCCAUACCAACUAUUUAUGGUAUGUAUAGAUUGGGGGCCUAACCUCGGGGUCCCCGUACCGAUAAAGAAAGAUAUCUUCUUCUACACCUUGUGGCUUGGAUACGCCAACUCUGCGCUGAACCCAUUGAUAUACUGCGGCUUUAAUGAAAACUUUAGGCGUGGUUUCAUUCAAGUGUUCUCUUGUCGUUGCUGGCGAAAGCGGAGAGGUCUCCGCCCAGUGAAGUCUUCGUACAACAGUCAUACCGAUGGAUAUGGACUAAAAUGCUAUGAUUGUAAGGUGUCUUUUAAAGACAGGUAUUUCCCAACUGAUUGUCAGUUUAAUGUAGAAGAAACACUCGAUCCAAGAGAUUGCCAGCCACACGAGUAUUACUGUAUGGUGGUGCGAAAAGAAACAAACGGAGUGGUGACGUCUUUUGAAAGAAACUGUGCUAAGCCCAACAGGUGCCUUUAUGGCUGUAAAUACAGUGGAUUCGGGCUGACGAAAACACAGUGUACGUCAUGCUGCAGUCAGGAUGGCUGUAACACUGAUAAUCCAGCAGUGUCUGUUCGUCCCGUUAAAACGUACCUUGGGAUUCUUUUAUUAACUCUCGCGUUAUUAUCGCGCCUAACGCAAUGA